AUGUCGACGCCUGCGAGAAGACGGUUGAUGAGAGAUUUCAAGCGUAUGAAAGAAGAUGCCCCACCGGGAGUGUCAGCGUCUCCGUUGCCAGACAACGUCAUGGUUUGGAACGCUAUGAUUAUUGGUCCAGCAGAUACGCCCUACGAGGAUGGUACGUUUAGGCUACUACUUGAGUUUGAUGAAGAAUAUCCCAACAAGCCACCACAUGUCAAGUUUCUCAGUGAGAUGUUCCAUCCCAACGUUUAUGCGAACGGUGAAAUAUGUUUAGAUAUCCUGCAAAAUCGAUGGACACCGACGUAUGAUGUGGCAUCAAUUUUAACGUCAAUUCAAAGUCUUUUUAAUGAUCCUAAUCCUGCAUCGCCUGCUAAUGUGGAAGCAGCUACCCUUUUCAAAGAUCACAAGUCUCAAUAUGUAAAAAGGGUGAAAGAAACUGUGGAGAAAUCGUGGGAGGACGACAUGGAUGACAUGGGUGACGAUGACGAUGACGAUGAUGACGAUGAUGAUGAAUAG